AUGGAGCAGCAGCAAGAGUGCCAGCAGAAAUUUUUCCUCCACCCUGCCUUUGUGGUCCAGUCCAAAGCCCCAACAUUCCCCAGUUCUCCAGGGGUCUGUGACAUCACAGAUGGCCUCCUGUCCACUCUGCCAGCUGCAGCAUCCCACAAAAACCUGGCCUCGAAGAUCUUCUGUUUAUGCUGCAAGGACUGUCAGGAACCCCAGGCCAUGGACGACUCCAAGGUUCCCAGUCAAACCCAAGGGCAUCAGCCACCAACCAGCAAUUUGCAGCUCCCGAAGGAUGAGCAGGGCAAAAAUCCCAAGCAUGCUAACACCUCUUCCUGCUUGCCUUUGGGGCAACCCCUGAUCCACCCAGAAAAGAGAGCUUCCUCCAGCAGCAGUGAGUUCGAGGACGUGGAUACACAUGCUCCCCAAAGAGGUUUUUAUAAGAGGAACCUAAACCGCUACUCCCAGGAGCGCUGGCCAUUCCAGCCAUGCCUCAUCGGCAGGCCCUGA